UGGGAAAGUCCAAGGGGCAACCUCCAGUUCACUGCGCUGAGGUAAAUUGAGUCAAGCAAAAGUGAAUUUAGUGAAUUUAUCAAAGAAUCAAGACAAAACUGAAGACUUGAGCCUGGGAACAGCCUGCUCUUAGCUGGGGGAAAUAUGGUGUCCGAAUUCUGAGCCGUACGAUGAGAACUUUAUAUUCUGCAAGAGUAAGAAAGUACUUACUUCUCCAGUUUUGAAGGUAAUUUCACAGGAUACAGAAGUCUAGGAAGCACAAGAGGAUUUUUCUCUGAUAUUCACAGGAGUGCACUUAGGAACUAGCCAAGCUGAUUUAUGAUAACUAAGUUUUAAACUCCAACAACCAAAGACAGUAAGAAUUAGGAGCUGCUGACAUUUCAAUAUGAAGGGCAACUUCACCCUUGCCACCAUCAGCAAAAACAUUACCAGCAGUCUUCACUUUGGACUUGUGAACACCUCUGGCAACGAGUCGGCCUUUAACUGCUCACAUAAGCCAUCAGAUAAGCAUUUAGAUGCAAUUCCUGUUCUCUACUACAUUAUUUUUGUGAUUGGAUUUCUUGUCAAUACUAUUGUGGUUACACUGUUUUGUUGUCAAAAGGGUCCUAAAAAGGUUUCCAGCAUUUAUAUCUUCAACUUGGCUGUGGCUGACUUACUGCUUCUGGCUACUCUUCCUCUCUGGGCAACCUAUUAUUCUUACAGAUAUGACUGGCUUUUUGGACCUGUGAUGUGCAAAGUGUUUGGUUCUUUCUUGACCCUGAACAUGUUUGCAAGCAUUUUUUUUAUCACCUGCAUGAGUGUUGAUAGGUACCAAUCUGUCAUCUACCCCUUUCUGUCUCAAAGAAGAAAUCCCUGGCAAGCAUCUUAUAUAGUCCCCCUUGUUUGGUGUAUGGCUUGUCUGUCCUCAUUGCCAACAUUUUAUUUCCGAGAUGUCAGAACCAUUGAAUAUUUGGGAGUGAAUGCUUGCAUUAUGGCUUUCCCACCUGAGAAAUAUGCCCAAUGGUCAGCUGGGAUUGCCUUAAUGAAAAAUAUCCUUGGUUUUAUUAUCCCUUUAAUAUUCAUAGCAACGUGCUAUUUUGGAAUCAGAAAACACUUACUAAAGACCAAUAGCUAUGGGAAGAACAGAAUAACUCGUGACCAAGUCCUGAAGAUGGCAGCUGCUGUUGUUCUGGCGUUCAUCAUUUGUUGGCUUCCCUUCCAUGUUCUGACCUUCCUGGAUGCGCUGGCCUGGAUGGGUGUCAUUAAUAGCUGUGAAGUUAUAGCAGUCAUUGACCUGGCACUUCCUUUUGCCAUCCUCCUGGGAUUCACCAACAGCUGCAUUAAUCCCUUUCUGUAUUGUUUUGUUGGAAACCGGUUCCAACAGAAGCUCCGCCGUGUGUUUAGGGUUCCAAUUACUUGGCUCCAAGGGAAGAGAGAGAGUGUGUCAUGCCGAAAAAGCAGUUCCCUUAGAGAGAUGGAGACCUUUGUGUCUUAAAUGUGAGAUGGGCAUGCAGGUUAUCAACAUGGCUACGUGCCUUGAGAUCUCCUUGAAUUACCUUUUAAUGGCUUUAGUAAAGUAAUGUUUCCCUUAAUGUAAACUUUUCUUACUCUUCUAGAUUAGGGAAGCAAAUGUAAGUACUUCCAAGAAUUGUCUCCCCACCCCCUCUUUUCUUCAUCUAUUGGUACGAGACUGUCAUAGGGAGACAUACCCAUAAUUUAGAAGUAACUGGGGAUUUAUCUGAAAUUAUAAUAGUAAAUUGUGAAUGAUAUUUUGGGGUUUCAUCCUUGACAAAUGAUGGAGUUUUUUUUAAAUCCACUUUUUAUAUCCACUUUUUAUCAGGCUUUCCUCUUGAACCAAGGCCACUCUUUUAACUCAUUGCAUUACUUUCAAGGCAUUAUGCUAAGUGACACGAGCACUUCCAAAUUAAGUAUAAUGCAAUAGAUUGGUACUGGAUUAUUCAGGCAUGUGCCUUUUACUUUAAAAAAUAUUAUAUGUAAUAAUCCUUUUAUAUUUCACUUGAGCAUAAGUUUAUAUUUGAGAUAUAGUUGCAUAUUGAAUAAGGCUAGAAAUAGAGUAGAUCACAUGUACUCCUAACUUCACUUUUUUUAAUAGUUAUAUAAAAGUAUAAUAACCAUAUAGUCACAUAGAUUUGUAAUUAAAUGUGUUAGUGUUCACUAAACUAAUAAACACAUUUUCAAACUUUGUAUUCAUUUAAACUGUUGUUUGAAAAUUUCUAUGUUCUCUGAUAGUUUUUUGAAAAUAAUAACUAAACACUGUGUAUUGUUACAAAAUGUAAAGGUCACUUUUUAUAUCCUUGACCUUUUGGAUGUGGUGCUUUGAUAUAUAAAAAGUUGACUUGACUUUUAUUAUUGAUGCUUUGAUUCUGGGUUGCUUCCCAAAAAUAUCUGGGUAGCUUCUUUAACUCUUUAACUUGUAAUAAACCCUUAAGUGGCUUAGGAAAAAGUUAAACGAGAAUGGAAUUUUGAUACCUAAGGAGAACAAAGACAUUCAGCAAUGACGAGUUUUGAUAUCAUGCAAAAAAGCUACUUGUCAGCAUAGUGCAACUUGGUUUUUAAAAUAUAGACCAAGGAAGUAAUCUUAACCUCUGCCUAAUGAAUACUGUUUGUUUCAGAAUUGUAAGAUUCCCUGGAACUCUUUGAAGCCAAUUGUGUCCUUACAUCUCCUUCUCAACAGUACGAGGACUCCCAAAUUAGUAUGGUACCCAAGACUGAGUUACCUAGAGUUUACUUAGAUUAGAGUACGAAUCCUAAUUUUAGAAGAUAACGGAUUUUAGCACUAGCCCCAUAUUAUACCAGGUUAUCUAGGAAAGUCUUAAGACCAGUGCUGACCUCUGAGGUGGAAAUGAAAUUUUGAAGUUUUGAUAUUACUGCCAAGUUCCAGGGCUAUAGAUGGAAUAAUUCUCUUCCUCCACUUUAUGGGAAAGUUCUAAUUUCAUGUAAUCUAUUAUUAUCAAUAAAAACGAAUAGCUAAAUGUAUAACUAUGACUUCACAUUUUAAAUAAUUUUGUAAAGCAUCUCAUAUAAAUAAAAUCUUCAGUUGGAAAAUCAUGUAUGUUUACUUUUUAA